CUCUGGACUCUUCCCUCUGCAUCUUUUGUAGCCGACGACGACAGCAAAAACCCUACUCUUUCUCUUUCUCACUCUCGCCGUCGUCUUCUUGCCAUUUCCAGUAGCUGUUCCCCUACGAAGAGGAGGAGGAGGAGGAGGCGGAGGAGGAGGAGGAGGAAGAAGAAGAAGACGAAGAUGUCGAUCCGCUUGCUGAACCCUAACGCGGAGGUCCUGAACAAGUCGGCGGCGCUCCACAUGAACAUCAACGCCGCCAAGGGCCUCCAGGACGUCCUCAAGACCAACCUCGGCCCCAAGGGCACCAUCAAGAUGCUCGUGGGAGGAGCCGGAGAUAUUAAGCUGACCAAAGAUGGCAACACCCUCUUGAAGGAGAUGCAAAUCCAAAACCCGACGGCUAUAAUGAUCGCGAGGACGGCGGUUGCUCAGGAUGAUACCAGUGGGGACGGCACGACCUCUACUGUGCUCUUCAUUGGGGAGCUGAUGAAACAGUCUGAGCGCUGCAUCGAUGAAGGAACACAUCCCCGAUUUCUUGUUGAUGGCUUUGACAUUGCCAAAAGAGCAACGCUUGAAUUUCUUGAGAAGUUUAAGACACCUGUUGUGAUGGGCGAGGUUCCUGACAAAGAGAUUCUGAAGAUGGUAGCAAGGACAACUCUUAGGACUAAGUUAUAUGAAGCCCUGGCUGACCAGUUGACUGACAUCGUUGUUAAUGCAGUGCUCUGUAUACGCAAACCUGAUGAACCAAUUGAUCUUUUUAUGGUGGAGAUUAUGCACAUGCGUCAUAAAUUCGAUGUUGAUACUCGCCUGGUGGAGGGUCUUGUCCUUGAUCAUGGAUCUCGGCAUCCAGAUAUGAAACGAAGGGCUGAGAAUUGUUAUAUCUUGACAUGCAACGUAUCUUUGGAGUACGAGAAAAGUGAAAUAAAUGCAGGAUUUUUCUACUCCAAUGCGGAACAGAGAGAAAAGAUGGUUGCUGCUGAAAGGCGUCAAGUUGAUGAGCGUGUUAAGAAAAUUAUUGACUUAAAGAACAAAGUCUGUUCAGGCAAUGACAAAAAUUUUGUUGUGAUCAAUCAAAAGGGGAUCGAUCCUCCAUCUCUUGAUCUCUUAGCUAGAGCAGGGAUUAUUGCCCUUAGAAGAGCAAAGAGGAGGAAUAUGGAAAGGCUGGUAUUAGCUUGUGGUGGUGAAGCUGUUGAUUCUGUUGAUGACUUGACGGAAGAUUGUCUUGGCUGGGCUGGGCUCGUUCAUGAGCAUGUUCUUGGGGAGGAGAAGUACACUUUUGUGGAGAAUGUCAAAAAUCCUCGCUCUUGUACAAUCUUGAUUAAAGGACCCAAUGAUCAUACAAUUGCUCAGAUUAAGGAUGCUGUUCGUGAUGGUCUAAGAUCCGUCAAGAAUACGAUUGAAGAUGAAGCUGUUGUUCUGGGUGCAGGGUCUUUUGAGGUUGCUGCUAGGAAGUAUCUUAUGGACAGUGUGAAGAAAACUGUUCAUGGGCGUGCACAACUUGGUGUCGAAGCAUUUGCAGAAGCACUUCUCGUAAUUCCCAAAACCCUAGCAGAGAACUCUGGUCUCGAUACCCAGGAUGUUAUUGUUGCCCUCAAGGGUGAGCAUGACCGAGGAAAUGUUGUGGGCUUGAAUCAGCACACCGGAGAACCAAUCGACCCCCACAUGGAGGGCAUCUUUGAUAACUACUCUGUGAAGCGCCAAAUCAUCAACUCCGGACCUGUGAUUGCUUCCCAGUUGCUGCUGGUGGAUGAAGUAAUUCGAGCUGGACGCAACAUGAGAAAGCCGAGCUAAUCCUCCGUUUUUUUCAUUUUGGGCCGUAUUUAUCUGGACUGAUUCUCUUUUGCUGUUGUAUUUACUAAAUUUUCUGGUCCUUAGUGCAUUUCUUAGUAGAUAGAUCCACACAUUCUCGCUUUGUUUGUCUGUCUCGUGUGUUAGUGGUGGAUGGUGGAUAUUAAUGGACUCGCGUUACUUGUCAGAAACAAUGAUCCUCUUCUUAUUGAACUUGUCUUCUGUUGUCAACGAGUUAAAAGGACCUUCAUUGAA